GAAAUGAAACUGAAAGUUUUUCCGUUUAUUUCCUUCAGCCUCCAUUUUAAGUCGCAGACAUCUAGACAGUAACCAGGGGUUGCGGUGAGGCCUAGAAGAAGCAGCCCAUCCUGAACCACCAUCAGAACGGAAUCGUCCUUUAUUUGCCAGUUAAACAUUUCGUCCCGUAUUGAACCAAUAAGGACACUAACUGGACCUGAACCACUGGGAACUGACUGGUUCUGGUUUCUCUCUCAGACUGACUGAAGUCCAGAAGAUGGAAGAUUGGGAUCUAAAGGAGGACAGAGCAGAACCUCCAGGAUCCAGCUGUCCGUCUAUGAGGAGUGACCGGUCCAAAGAUUGGAACCCUCCAGAGUUCAGUGCAGAACCUGGACCCUCAGACAUAAAAGGUCAGAACCACAGACGGAGAGCAGAACCUCCAGGAUCCAGCUGUCCGUCUAUGAGGAGUGACCGUUCCAAAGAUCAACAACCAGACUUCAGUGCAGAACCUGGACCCUCAGACCCAAAACGGAGGAAGAGGAGCGAAUCCCAGAGUGGAGAAAGAUCCAGAACCGGAGCUGGACCGCUGACAGCCAAUCAGAGCAGCUGUGCAGCAGCAGAUGUUGGUCUGCAGGAGGUUCUAGAGAAACAUAAGAUCAGUCUGAGGAGGAGAUGUGAACGUGUGGCUGAAGGAAUUGAUGAAACAGGAAGUAGAACCCUCCUUAACAGGAUCUACACUGAUCUCUACAUCACUGAGGGACAGAGUGAAGGGGUUAAUACCCAACAUGAGGUGAAGCAGCUGGAGAGAGUUUCCAAGAUCCAGAACCUCCAUGAUUCUCCAAUCAGGUGCCACGACAUCUUCAAAGCCUUCCCUGACCAACAUGGAGCCAUCAGAGUGGUUCUGACCAACGGCGUUGCUGGUGUUGGAAAAACCUUCUCAGUGCAGAAGUUCACUCUGGACUGGGCAGAGGGCUUGGAGAACCAAGAUGUCAGUGUGGUGGUUCUGCUUUCCUUCAGGGAGCUGAACCUGAUCAGAGAUCAGCAGCACAGUCUUCUCACGCUGCUCCAUGUUUUCCAUCCAACCCUCCAGAAGCUCCCAGCAGAGACACUGGCUGUCUGGAAGCUUCUCUUCAUCAUUGACGGCCUGGAUGAAAGCAGACUUUCUCUGGACUUCAACAACAAUCUGCUUGUUUCUGACGUCACACAAAAGUCAUCAGUCAAUGUUCUGCUAAUGAACCUCAUCAAGGGGAACCUGCUUCCCUCUGCUCUCAUCUGGAUAACUUCCCGACCUGCGGCGGCCAAUCGGAUCCCUCCUUCCUGUGUUUCCAGGGUAACAGAAGUACGAGGCUUCACAGACACCCAGAAGGAGAAGUACUUCAGGAGGAGGUUCAGUGAUGAAGAGGAGAAGGCCAGCAGGAUCAUCUCCCACAUCAAGACCUCCAGGAGCCUCUUCAUCAUGUGUGGGAUCCCAGUGUUCUGCUGGAUCACUGCUACGGUUCUGGAGAACCUGUUGACCACAGAGCAGAGAGGAGAGCUGCCCAAGACCAUGACAGACAUGUACUCACACUUCCUGCUGGUCCAGACCAGGAGGAAGAGGAACAAGUACCAUGAAGGACAUGAGAUGAGUGCACAGGAGCUGAUGGAGGCAGACAGGGAAGUUCUUCUGAAGCUGGGGAGGCUGGCAUUAGAACAUCUGGAGAAAGGAAACAUCAUGUUCUACCAAGAAGACCUGGAGCAGAGUGGUCUGGAUGUCACAGAGGCCUCGGUGUUCUCAGGAGUAUGUACAGAGAUCUUCAAAAAAGAGAGUGUGAUCUUCCAGAAACCAGUCUACUGCUUUGUUCAUCUGAGCAUCCAGGAGUUUCUGGCUGCAGUCUACAUGUUCCACUGCUUGACCAGCAGGAACACAGAGGUGGUGGAGAACUUCCUAGGGAACAACUAUGGUGAAUUCAUGGAGGACUUCAUUGACAAAGUCAUGGAGAAAUCCCUCAGGAGUCCAAACGGCCACCUGGACCUGUUUGCUCGCUUCCUUCAUGGCCUAUUUGUGGAGUCCAACCACAAACUCCUAGGCUUUCCAGUGGGUCAGAUGGAGACCAGUCCAGGAACCAUCCAGAGAGUCAUCAAAAAUCUGAAGGAGAUGAACACUGAUAGAAUCUCUCCUGAUAGAAGCAUCAACAUCUUCCAGUGUCUGAUGGAGAUGAAGGACCUCUCACUAUUUCAGGAGAUCCAACAGUUCCUGAAAUCAGGGAAGCAGCUCUCAGAGAUCCAGUGCUCAGCUCUGGCCUACAUGCUGCAGAUGUCAGAGGACGUUCUGGAUGAGUUAGACUUGGAGAAGUACAACACAUCAGAGAGAGGACGACUAAGACUGGUUCCAGCUGUGAGGAACUGCAGAAAGGCUCGACUUGGUGGCAUUGUGCUCUCUGAGGCUGAAUGUGAAGUUGUGGCCUCAGCUCUGAAGUCCAACCUUCAUCUGACCGAAGUGGAAAUAGAGAGGAUCAGUGGAUAUAGAUCCUUUGGAGACUCUGGAAAGAAGCAUCUGUGUGAGAUACUGGAGAGUUCAAUCUGCAAAGUGAAGAAACUGAGAUUGGAUCACUUCAGUCUCAUGGAUAUCAGCUUGGCUUCUCUGGUCUCAGCUCUGGAGUCUAAUCCAUCCCAUCUGACAGAACUGGACCUGAGAGGAACCAAGCUGGACCCUGGAAUGAAGGAGCUCAAUGGGUUUCUCCAGUCUCCCCUCUGCAAACUACAGACAUUGAGGUUGAUUGACUGUGGUUUGACAAAGAUCAGCUGCUCUGAUCUGGUCUCAGCUCUGAAGCCAAACCCCUCACAUCUGGAACACCUGGACCUGAUGUGGAACAACCUGAAGGAGUCAGAUGUUCAGCAGCUGCAGGAUCUUGUUGAGAGUCCAGACUACAAACUGGAGACUCUGGAGUGGGAAUCAUGGUGAUCUUAGUAGAGGAGAGAAGCUGAUCUGUGUCCUGAUGAUCCGCAGAGGUUGAAGCUGCAGCAGUUUGAGUUUAAAGAGACUCUGACUGGAUCCUGAUGAUGAACUCUGAGUUUAGAGAUUUUUCUCCUCUUUCUUUGAUCCUGUCUGUCAUUUAGUGUCUCAUAUUGUUUUUCUCUUUGGAACAAUGGAGAUGAAUUUCAAACUAAGCUCCAUUUAGUGGCUCCAUGGAGGUUUGAUCUGAAUCUGAUCAAACUGUAAAGUUGAUCUUUUUUCUCUCUGAUUCAUUUUCAGCCUGUAACCCAGAAAUCUGAAAUAAAGCUCAAUUCUAAAGUUUU